AUGGAACAUGGCGAGACCAUCUGGAAUACCUCAGUUGUUAUAUCGAAUCGUGGUCGUUAUAUGGGAAAACAUCGUAAAAAUCAUAUACCACGUGUUGGCGAUUUCAAUGAAGUCACCUAUUAUAGCGAGGGUAACACUGGCCAUCCUGUCUUCGAAACAGAAUUUGGUAAAAUUGCCAUUAACAUCUGUUAUGGUCGCCAUCAUCCACAAAAUUGGAUGAUGUUCGGUUUAAAUGGUGCUGAAAUUAUGUUCAAUACUUUGGCAACGGUGGGAGCGCUAAGUGAACCUUUGUGGUCUAUCGAGCCCCCUAAUGCUGUCAUUGCAAAUAGUUAUUUUGCAGUUGCCAUUGAUCGUGUGGGUAAUGAAGAAUUUCCCAAUGAAUAUACAUCGGGUGAUGACAAACCGGCUCAUAAAGUAUUUGGACCAUUUUAUGGUUCCAGUUAUGUAGCGGAACCAGGUGGCUCGAGAACACCGUUUGAUUAA